AUGAAAAAGUUCUCAAAGAGAAGAGAAGAGAUUUUUAAAAAGAUGUCAGAAGCAGCAAUCAGCGGCACAGAAGAAAUAACAGACAGGCAUCUCUCAAAAGAAGAAAAUCGAAACAUAACAAAGGCACUGAGAGGCAAAGUAAGAGAAAAACUGAGAAAUGCUAAGAUCAGUCAAGGUGAAAAAUCCUCAGCUCAGUUGCUCAUUGAUACAAAGAUUUAUCAAUGGCCUAAGAAUGAAGUCUUGCUGGAUGAAGGUCUUUCAUUUUUCCUCCUGAGUGGGGAAGAAGAUUCAGCCGUGAGCCGGUCUGCACAGCAGAAAUCAGUAAAUGAUAAUUACAUCAAACACUCUGCAUUUGGUGGUAGUUUACAACAUGUUGCUGAGGGCCAAGAUGAGGAAUUUGGAGAAGAAGUAAUUUUAAUGGAUUUAUUUGAAGUGAAAGCCGCAGAAUAUGAGGACGAUCCAGAACUGAUGAAAAAACAGGAGGCAAAUAUUUUUGUGCCAAGUAGUUCUCCAGUGGCCAACCAGCGUAAACUGCCAAAAGGCAUGACACCUCGAAUUUUAGAAGACGAAGGAUUCUACAUUAAGAAAAAGCCAGAGACAUAUAAAAAGAUGUGCAACAAAAUGGAACAUCGCCUGCUCAGCCUGCAGGAGGGAAAACACUGGUUUGAAGAAAGUGGAGAAAUAAUGUCACUACCUUCACCUAUUAGACAAUCUUGGAAUUUCAGGAUCAGCACAAGCAAGGGAUCUUUGAAUCCAGCACUAAAGACUAUACACAGAAAGGCAUUGAAGCCUGACCUGGGAUGCUGUUUUAGGAACAGGAUGGAUGGUCAAAGGGAAAUAUACCAACUGGAUCUUAACAUCGUGGGCUUGCAAUUUAGCCAUCAUCCACUCUUCAAUCAAGAACAAGUCCUGUGUGCCAGGUUGCUCCAGCUCUGUGAGUCUUUCCAGGACAGACAGAAGCAGAGUUUAUCUCAGCUGCUCUAUGAGAAGCUGAAAGCACUGAUGGAUACUACCAAACUAGCCAGCAAAAACCCAGACACUAACCAGCUCACCAGAAAAUCGCUACAAGAUUACUAUUGGCAGAUAAGUGACACAAAGCGGCUGUAUGAGGCAGAAAGAGAAAAGGACCACUCCCUACUGCACAGUGUUUUACAGACUUGGAAACAGAUGAAAACUCUCCGGCAAAAGCAAGGGUUUACAAGCACCCCAGUAAAGCUGCAGUUUUAUAAGAUAAAAAUGAACACAUGGGAUGAGCAGAACCAAGCGGAAACGUUGGGAGUAUCUGGGGAAGAAAGUAAAGAAAUGCCGUUUCAGAAUGAAGCCACACAGGAGAGACUCCCCUAUCCAGCUCCAGACCUGGAAGGAAUGGAAGUGGAAAAAAUAAAGCCAAUCACGCUGGUGCCACAGCUUUCUUUCACAGCAGAAUUGACAAACAUAUCCAAGUGUUCACUAUAUGAGCAAAAGAGGAGAGCCAAAAUUCAGAAGCUUAAAUAUUUUAUCAAAAUAUUUUACAAUGAUAAACAGGUUUCUUGUACUUCAAUAUCUCCGCUACAGUUUGAUUUUAAAGUCAUGUUUCAACAGAUUUUUAACAUUCAACUGUUAUAUUGGCCUGAAACAAUCUGCUUGGAGGUUUAUGAAAUAAGUAAAAGGACAAGUUUACUGGUUAAACUCUAUCUGCCUUUACCCAACAAGACAGAGCUGAAAGACAAGACUGUCCUGGAAUAUACAGAAUUUAGUUCUGAUAAACUAGUCAUACCUGUGGAUGGAGGUGUAGGAAGCAAUGUGCCUUUUAAUCUCGAGGGAAGUGAGAAUGAAGAACUUUGUCUUUUAACCUCAGGAAAACUUAGCUAUUCCCUGUCGUGGGCUUUGGAUGAAAACGGAAUCCCUUUGACGCCUGUGUCGCAGUCAUUGCGAUCUGCAUACUGCAGUGUGCUAAGGAAUGUUGAUGCCAGAGGUGUUCCUGGACUCCCCUGGCCCGUGAACUCACAAAAGCUUUGUGACUGGGCAGAUGACAUCAGGAUCGAUCCCAAUAAUCCAGAGUAUUCUGAUAUAACAGAACUUAUUAUGUAUUUGAGACACAAAGGGCAGGAAAUCCCAAAAUAUUUCCGUCUGGAGCAGUUGCAAGAUGAAUUUAACUUUGUGUCUGAGGAAGAAAUAAAAAGGGGCAAACGCUUCCAACUGUUGCAGCUGAGAAAUGCAGGCCAGCUGGACUUCUUCCUCCUGCAGCAGAUGCCGCUCUAUGACACAGAGAUUCCAGACGUAGUCUUCCAGGAGUAUGAAAGUCAGGCACAGAAGGAUAUAUCCAUUUCAGAUGAGAACUCUAUCACUGCACAAAGGAUUAAUUCUGUCAGUUUUCUGAGAAAGGUGAGACGGUUGAUAAUGAAGAGAAUCAUCAAAGUCAGCAAAUUUAACUUGUCUGACAUUGUGGCUGACUAUGAAGAAAUUGUAUCUACAAGCCAGUUGACAGAUGCGAUUUGUAAGUUUAUUGAACCACGAAGGAAGUUAAAGCCUCAGAGGAAAGAAAGAAGAAAAGUCACAGCACAGACUGUCUCUGAUGGAGAUAUCAAGAUUCUGGUCAGGAUCCUGAGGGCCUACAACAUUCCUACCAGAAAAAAAAUAUCUCAUAGAACUUUGGAUACGCCUACUUACUUGAGGUCAUCCAUGUCUCACCGCAGACAUCAAGAAGCAAUCAAAUUCGUAGCCUCGAAUGACUUCUUAAAUGAGGCUACUGUGCACCCUUUCAUAGAAGUUUCUUUUCAACAUACCAUAUAUCAAACCAAUACUGCGAGUGGAUUUCAUCCAUGCUGGAACGAAGAAAUCAAAGUAGAUUUUAUAUCACCAGGACAUGAUUACAGCUUCUCUAGUUUAUCGAAAAUAAAAGAUAAUAUACAUAUCAAUGUUUUUGAUGAAGUGGUAAUUGAAAAACAUGAGGACCACUGUCUCAAGAGCUGCAGUGCUCACUCUUACACACAGAAGAACUGGCUGGGCUCCAUCAGCUUCCCUUUCUCAGCCCUUCUGCAACAGUCUGAGAUUAGCGGGACAUUUCAAGUGAACAUUCCACCUACUUUGCUUGGGUACACCUGGAGUAACACUUACGUCCCUCCUAGAGAAGACUUCAGUGGGCAGAACCCAAAAGAAUGCACCUUCCUGAAUAUUUUUGCUACAAUUGAACCUCAGCUAUCAUAUAUCACGUUCAAUCCGAAACUAGAUGAAUUUUCAGAUCAAACAGACAUUUUGCAAAGAGCACAGACUUUUACCAAGAACUGUAAGGCCAUGUUUCCCAACCGAAGAGUUGUGACCACUGUUUUUAAUGGUGAAGGGAUGCAGGUCUUUGUCACAAGGUACAUCAAGGCAUUGAAUCCACCACAGCAACUUCUGGAUAUAUUUCUUCAUGACUCGAAUGCAACCCUUGACCGCAUUGCUCGAUUUGUAUCUUUGAUUCCUUUUACGACAGAAACAUUGGAUGAAAAUGAUGGUUUUGACAUAUGGAUGACAUCAGAGUGCUGCAUUAGUUUGGCUAUUGGAAAUAAGGAAGAGCACGCCAUACUUCUCUGUAAUUUCUUCCUGUACUUUGGAAAGAAGGCAUUGGUGCUCCUGGGGACCUCAGUCCUAGAGGGGCAUGUGGCUUAUGUAUUAACCCAAGAAACUGGAGAGUCUUUGCUUUGGAAUCCAUCAACGGGGCAGUGUCAUAAGCAGUUUGACCCAUUUUGCCCCUUGCAAAGUGUGGACUGUUUGUUCAAUGAUCGAAAUGUCUGGUUUAAUAUUCAACAAAAUAACACACCAAUGGCUGUACAUUUUGACUAUUCAAAAGAAAGCUUCUGGAAACAGUUGCUGCCAAAAGACUUUCAGGGGACAAAAGCCCUAAGUGUACAGCCCGAAGAAAUAGUUUAUUCCGAUACUAACAAAAGCAUGGUAGAAGACCUGAAGAGCAGGCUGGAAAGGACGCUGAAAUGUAAGAUGAUGGAAUGGCGACCUAAGCACCCAACACGCUGGAAUCGACAGUGCACUUCUGUUUUGCGACAAAUCCUUCCUAAGCUAGAGUUUUACACGGGAAGUUUUGCUUCAUUUGAAGACAGUGAGUUAGAAAGGCUGCUACAGUUUUACUGGGUCACGGGAUUUCCCAUCCAGAUGCCCUACACAGAUGUCCAAUCAGUCAUUGAUGCCGUGUACCAGACUGGAAUUCACUCUUCUGAAUUUCCACAGAUGGAAUUUGCUUUAGCCGUAUACAUUCAUCCAUACCCAAACAACAUACUAUCUGUGUGGGUCUAUUUGGCUUCCUUAGCCCGAUAUCAGUGA